CCCACCUUUAAUCCCUCCAACGCCUUCACAAACCCCCGGUCCACAUCCGAAAGAGCCACUAAACCCUAUCCACUGCAAAACCAUGUCCGACCGCGACCGAGCUCGCGAUCGAGACCGAGAUAGUGUGAGAAAGAGGGACAGAGAUGAUCGUGAUCGUGAUCGCGAUCGUGAGCGCGAAAGGAAGGACCGUGAUCGUGAGCGUGAGCGUAGCAAACGUUCCCAUACACCCGACCGCACUCGAUCCCGACACACCCGUUCCCGUACUCGGUCGCCGGACCGCGACCACCACCGCUCCGGUUCCUAUUCCCACUCCCCGGACCGCCACCGCUCACGGUCCCACCACCACCGCAGCCCCUCUCACGACCCACCGCGCAAACGCCACAAACGCGACGACCAAGGAAGUGAAAAGGACCGCCAGAGAGCCGCCGUGUCGGAAUUCGUGGACGGCAUUGUCAGAGAUCAGAAGAAGCAGAAACAGAAGGAAAUUGGUGGAGUACAGGAUGGGAAUGAGGGGGAGAUUGAUGUUGAUGAGAUGGAGAUGAUGAAGAAAUUAGGUAUUCCGGUAGGGUUUGAUUCGACCAAAGGGAAGCCUGUUGCCGGGAACGAUGUGGGCGGAGUUAGAAUGGUGACUAAAAGACAGCCGAGACAGUACAUGAAUCGAAGAGGAGGUUUUAAUCGGCCUCUACCCUCCGAACAGAACCGUUAAUUCAAUUUUAUUG